AUGGGACGCCUCACUCAGGGCCAUUUUGACGAUGUGUUCCUCAGCAAGAUCAAGCAAGCAUGCGUCCGCGUUUUAGACCAGCUCAACGAGGCCAACGAGAUCGAUCAAGCUUUCGAUUUGUGCUCCUCGGUCUCUCGUCGCAAUCGAGUCAUCCUUUCCUUCCUUCACGAUGCUGACCAAGGUCGUUCGAGCAGCGUUUCUUCCUCAUCCACCUCUCCGCCGGUGACGACUUUGCUGCCUCACAAUUCUGUGCACCCUUCUCGCGAGGCUUCCAUCGGCACAGACAGCGUAGCCAGCUUGUCAGCACAACGUCGCCGACGCGCACGCGAGAUGCAGUAUGUCCGUGAUCCCAACGACUCCAACGAUGAUUCGGACUCGCAAGCAACUGUCGGCCCUUCCUCUUCCAGUCGCGCACAUCUCGAUCCGUCGUCGGCGCGCAACCCCUCCAUGUCACAGCCCGACUACACCUUCGAGCAGUUCGCCGACCAUCUGGAUCCCACCGACAAGCUUCUCAAACGUAGUCUCGAGAUCAUCAUCAAAGAGACAGCGCGUCAAGCCCUCGCCCGAAAGCGUGGUCCCGCUCACGAUCCUGCCUCUGCAUCUGCUACCUCUGGCUCCCGCGAUCCAGCCGCCUCGUUACGAUCCGCUAUUGCUUCCUCUCGUGCAGAUCGAGGCGUCGCACCAAGUCGUCUCCUCGACGACGAAACUGGGUUUGCUCAUCGCAUGUCACGCGUGCUCAACAUCGAUUCCGCAUCAUCCUCCCGUCGCUAUGAUACUACCACAACCGAUCUCGACCCCACUUAUCAGCUCCUGCGGUCGCUUCGACCCGCCAGUCAUCCUCUGAACCACGCAUCCGAUCGCACCAACGCAGCUGGCAGCGCUGAGCGCCGCACUCUUCGCAACUUUCUUCCGACUUCAUCCGACGGUCUACUCGGCUCGACUCGCGACCUGCUGACUUCAUCUCAAGACAGCCCAUCUUUCGCUCCCCGCGUCGCUCGUCCGAUCACCGCUGAUCAAACGCUCGCGCUUCGAGACGAGCGUCUUGCGCCAGCGCCACACCCGGCCACAACAAGAGACAGUCCCGAAGCCCAGCUAUCGCAUCGCAGAUCCGUCGUUCGCCCAUCCUCCAGCAUCAGCAUCACGCCUCAGACCAUCUCGGCACGACUCGCAGAAGCGUCCCGACGCAAUGCAGAGGCAGCAAGGACCAUUGUCGAAGCUGAAAGACUCAGAUCCAGCCAAUUCAUCCGCACUUCGAUCGAAUCGCUGCGAGCUUCGCUCUUCCAGCUUCAUAUGGACCUGGCCUGUACUCAGCUGCAGAAUGCUCAGCGAGACUCGACACGCGCGCAUCGCGCCUCGGCGAAUCACGACGUCGGUGCCUCGUACGCCCUCGUCAUGGACACGAUCGAACUUUUCGAUGAUACCCUUCGCCGCCUCUCUUGCCUCGUCUCCACCACUGACCACACCUCCUCCUCUGACCCCGAGCCUUCCGUACAAGACAAUGCCCCUCGCAACGCCGAUCCAUCACGAAUGCGCACGUCGAUGUGGAGGGCGCGUAACCUUUUACUACUCUCGUCCAUGUCUCGGCGUCCUGACUCGCCAGAAGGCGGUUCGAGUAGCUCCGAGCCGUCGGGUACAGCCAACUCACACGACGCCGAGCUCAGAGCCCAUCAACACUUGCUCGCCACCAUUCAAGAGUCGCACUGGACCCGCGCUGACGUACCAGCUCCCUCUUCGGGUGCCAUCCGCGCUUGGCGACGCAAGCUCGCAGCAUGGUACUACCUCGAUCGCGAUUCGGCCACAUACCCAGAUGCACCAGACAUCACAGAUGAUCGCACGGAAGCGUAUGCUCGCUGGCAUCCAGAUCUCGAGCUUCCGUACGCGAUCGAUGAUGAGAUCAUGGCUUCAUCUACACGUCCAGAUCCCAUUGCGGACCCGCGCGCAGCCUGGCAAUAUGCUCGAAGACACGAUGAUUCCAUCCGCAACGACUUGAAUCGAGACGAACAGGUUCGCUACGCGCUCGCUUCAAGCUCAGUGGCCUCGGCAUUGCAGCAACUGCAGAGACUUCGUUCACAGCACGACGGCGGACCACAACAAGGGAUCGCUGGCCAGCAUUCAAGCCGUGCCUCACCGGGAGAAGCAUCAGCCCUAGCGGAAGGCUCGGCCGAAGAAGCUGACCCUGAUGUCUCGUUGACGCGCACAACCUCUCUCAGUCGCCGCAAUGCCGUUCGGCCUUUGCCGCUCAAUAACUCCGACUCGUCCAGCAUCCGGUCGGCUCGCUCGUCUUUGUCGCUGAGACGCUUGCACGGCUCAUCCGGCGCGAAUGCAUCGCCAUCGGAGCUACACACGGCUCUGCAGUAUGACAACGAUGCUGCCGAAGAAGAGAUUGUCGAAACGAGCAUCGAGAUCAGCACAGUGCCUCACUCCCCUCAGGCCUCUGCAGAUCCUACUUCCACUCAGGCCGCUUCUUCGGCAACUGAUCUAUUGCCCCCGCCGGACCGCCCACGUGCUGAACGCAGCGGCUCAUUCACCUUCGUUACCACCCCUGCCGCGGUUCUGCGUUCACGCCAACGCAGCGAAAGUCGGAGCCACGUGUCCACGGAGCGACCAGCAGCUGACGACAUAGAAGGUGAAGGAGACGACAAUGAUGAUGGAGACACCGACGCCGAAGAGUACAUCGACCUCGAUCUGGAUCUGGGCAUGGCUGGCGACUAUACGUUUGACUUUGAUUUGACCGACUUUUUGCGAUCCGAAUCAAGGCGUCUAGCACGUCGCCGCGACCAUGAUGACGGGGACGACGACGACGAGCUUGAUCGUGAUGGUGUUGAGGCGUCUCCUCGCGCAUUACGACGACGACGAAGCAGUGCCAGAGAUGCGGACGGCUCACUGAGCGGUGACGCCUCACCUGCUGAUAUUCGCGUUUACGUAUCGGGAUCAGGCGCCUCGACUCCAGCCGAAGCCAGACAAGCCACAUUCGAAGCCUACGCGCAACGUGCAAGGCUACUGGAGCGUCGACGUAGAAUGGAUGGUCAGCGAGAGGGUCACGAUGGUGAUGCUGCUGUCGAAGCAACGUUGGCGAUUGGCGAUAGAGAUGAUGCUAAUGCAUCUCACGAGACCUCGCCCGACAGCAGAAGACGAAGAAGAGGACGAGCCAUUGGAGGCGAUGGAACACCUACAGACGGACGCGAUUCACUCCCAUUCACUCGCAGAACUUCGGAACGCUGA